CUUAUUGCUCUUGAUCAUCAGCUAUUUACAGCAGCGCGAGCUUGCAAUUGAGUGCCAGUGUCAGUUGCUUAUUUAGUCAGUACUCAACGUUUGACAAGUACAGAACACAAAAUCUCGAAGUUUUCUACUAAAAAAAAGAGCACAGCUGUAAAAAAAUGUCCACAAUUGUGAGGAAAUUGAUUAGCACCGACAAUGCGGCCAAACCAGUAGCGCCAUAUAGUCAAGCUGUCGUUGCUGAUCGUACUGUCUAUGUAUCCGGCUGUUUGGGCUUGGACAAAGACACCAUUAAACUGGUGCCUGGCGGUGUAGAGCAGCAAACCGAGGCGGCCUUGAAAAACUUGGUUGCCACUCUGGAGGCCGCCGGCUCUGGCGUUGACAAAGUGAUCAAAAAUACAAUUUAUGUAAAGGAUCUGAAUGACUUUGGUGCGGUCAAUGAGGUUUACAAGAAAGUCUUCUCCAAAGAUUUCCCCGCACGCGUCUGUAUUCAAGCGGCCCGCUUGCCUCUGGAUGCUUUGGUGGAAAUUGAGAGCAUCGCUUUGACCGGUGAUGUGGAGACCCAAGAAUGAUAGAAUACAAGAUUGCGCCGAUUGCAGCAGAAUUCAUGAGAGUAAUUUUAGCGUGACGUCAUCGUAGAGUUGACAACUGAGAGCGCCGAGAAUGAGGGCGACUAGUGAUGUGCUGAAUUGUCCCCAAUACUCGGUACCCAAUACUUAAAAAAGAUUUCGGUACCCUAUACUUCCUUUUCGGUAUCCGAUACCGAUUAUUUACAUUAAACCCUCCCCAUUAUAUGCAUAUCAGGUUUAUAAAAAACUUUCAUUACUAAUUUAUAUGAUAUCGGCUAAAACACUUGAACUUAUCGCCACAGAAAAAUAUUAUUUUAUCACUUUUAACCUUAGUCGAUCCAAGGUUCAAGAAAAAUACUUUGACGGAUGAAGAAGCCUUUCAGGGGAGAGAUUCUGUAGCCAGUUAGCGACAAGUUUCGGAUCGAUAUCGCACUUGUUGACUUACAAAUAUUUGAUAUCAAACGUCGACAAAACCGAUACCGAUUCGAAAAUUGUCGUUAACUGGUAACAGAAUCUGUCCCAGGCCUACAAAAAUGAUAUCGUCCGAUUCAGCUGGAACAAAAAUGCUUCAAACAAGUAAGGGUUUCUCUGUAUUAUGGCAUCGAACCGACAUAUAUACAUCUUUCAUUUGAAUCAGUAAAAAAGCUCUAUUGGCUCUUACAUUCGGGUUUUGUUAGGCGUUUCUUCCAUAUUUUUGGCCUAUGUGCGCUUUUAUUCGAAACCUAAGUGUUUCGGUACCGAGUAUCGAGAGUAUUGGGUACUUAAAAGUAUUGACUCAGCACAUCACUACUGCUGUCUUCUCUACUAUGACGUCACCAAAACAGCUGAUUCUGUCAAAAUCACUGAGAGCCGAGUAGCGGUAUCGUCAUCGGCGCCACCUCUGUAUUCUCUCCACCGUGGUGGAGACUAUAGUUAUUUUUUAAACAGUUUUUUAUACGUUUUUUCUACUGAAUAAAAUUGCUGCUUUUAUGUAACGAAUUGUAUCGAAAAA